AUGUCCGAGGAUUUUGAGUCACUGCCUCCAGCAGUGCGAAGAAAGUUCUUCUCGAAUGUUGAGCGCUUGCGCAUUCGGCUAGCUCAGAGCGAUCACGGCACCCCUACCUACUCCACGUCAAACUAUCAGACGGAUAAUCGGGUCUAUCGAACCUCUCGUCUUGGGGACUAUCAACGUCUACGGAAUUCGAGGAAGCGAGGGCUCAAACGUUCCCCUUCCAAGAAAUUACGCAAACCCGGUUCCCUUCAAUUGGCCUACCUGGCCGCCCAGGCGGACUCCCAAUGCUUCCAUUCUCUUCCCGCUAAGAUUCAACAAAAGCUCUUCUCCUCCGAGGAACGUCGACGUUUGAGGAACGCGUAUCGACAAAGUCUCAUCUACGACGCUGCCGACGAAGCUUACCGUCGAGAUUCGAACCGAGAUCCCCGUCAAGUCUCGGAGGCUGGUCGCCCUUCCACUGAUAGUCCCUUCUCCCAGCCAACUGUGCCGGUUCAGCCAUCGUCCGUGUUUUAUUCGGAUUCCGAGUCGGACGAAGACCCCAACAUGGAUCAAACAUUCCACGACAGUUUCCGGUGGCUCGACGACGAUGGCGAUCUCGACUUAUCUCUCGAUGAAUACCAUGCUCAUGUGGCAGAUGCUGCCACCAGAAAGAGAUCUCGUCUCUCUUUCCGCCGCUCCUUAUCCUUUUCCCACCAACUUCGCAAAACAUUAGACAUUACACCGAUCUCCCCUCGGGGACUCCCGCCUGUCAGCCGCUCUCAACCUCUCACUCCUCUCUCCAACCCCUCUGAAUCGCGCCCAUCAUCCCGCCGAUUCCAACAUGCCCCCAGAUCAUCCACUUCGAGCAUUGACCCCUACGCGCAAUACUAUCAAGAUCCCGAUGCCCGUUUGAAAUUGCGCGUGUACCUGGCAUCUCCACAAAAAUUCGACGAAGCCAUUGAAUUCGGAUUUCCCUCGCUAGAUCAAAAGGAGAAUAUUGCUCCGGAAAUAAUUUCCCCCAAACCAGUCUCCCCCACACCAACCUCGUCACCAAAGCCAACCUUGGUCAACUCGGACUUUGGCACGUUUUUCGAAGAUGACGAUGGCACCAUGGUGGGGAGUCCAGGGGGAUCGGUGGAAAAUGAACCAAUCCCUUCGCCCGUGCUCACCCGGGACGCGCCUCGACCCUCCGUGGAAUCCCCGGCCCUUUUGCAGCGCCAAUCCUGGCUGCCGGGGACCAAGGGAGUCCCACAACGACUUCCGGGAAACCGUGAGAUGACUCUCAAAAUGACUCUCACUCGGCCUGACCUCCGCACCGACUCUCCCACCCCUUCCAAAGAAAAAGAAGAUCCCUUGCGAUUGGCCGCACUUCCCCCUGCGGAUCGUAGCCAGUCGAUCUGGGACUCGGACUUGGACGAGCAAGGUAUGGUGAGGAAGAUGUGGCGCAAGCUCCGACGCCGUGUUUGA